AUGCCUCAGAAUCCCUGCAUCAUUGCCACAAAGACCCCCACCACUGACGUGCUGGUCUUCGAUUACACAAAACACCCCUCCAAGCCAGGUAGAAGGACAAAAUUUAUUUUGUUUUUUUCUGAAGACUUAGAUUCAUCAAGCAGCAAAAACUGUGCAGUGUAAUUUUGUUGGAUUUCGUUUUCAUUGUAGACCCCUCUGGAGAGUGCUUCCCUAAUUUGCGCUUGAGAGGCCACCAGAAAGAGGGCUACGGCCUCUCCUGGAACCCGAACCUCAGCAGCUGCCUCCUUAGUGCUUCUGAUGACCAUGUGAGCAUCUUAUCACAACACACUUUAUCCAUCUCUUCUUAUCACUUAUUUUCUUACCCUCCUUUAUUCCCUUUGCAGACUAUCUGUCUGUGGGACAUCAGCUCAGUUCCUAAGGAGGGGAAGAUCGUGGAUGCAAAGACCAUUUUCACAGGCCACACCACUGUGAUGGAGGCACUUGCUUCAUGA